UGAUGGGUUCUAUAUUAUAUUAUAUAUAAUAAUCAACUCCAUACGGGUGGAAAACGAGCGGAUGAAUUUGGUGUUGUGAUUGCUUAUUUAAGAAGAAGUUUUGGAUGCCAUCAUCAGCUUUCUGAUUUGAUGAUGAAGGGUUUUGGAUUGUUGGUGCUUGUAACAGCUUUAAUCUGCCUAUGCUUCCUCUCAUUUCCUCCUCCACCUGACCAGGGAGGAGCAGGCAGGAAACUUAAGGGGACUGUGAAUGACGUAUACAAAGUGGACGAUGCUAGCGAUGUAAACCUACUCGACUAUCACCAGGAUGAUCCCGUUCCAAGUUCGAAAGCCUCGAUAAAUCAUGGGCCUGUUCAGCAUGGCACUCCUCUUAUACCGUACAUCCCCAACCUUCCACCUCCUGGACCGGACCACCCCAACCAUGUUGAUGCCGUCUUUCCCUAGCUUUAUGAGGAUCGUUAUCUGAUGAUCGUGCGUUCGGGACUCAUGACUAACAAAAUGCGCUGUUUUCUACUUCCUUUAAAAAUAAGUUUCGUAAUUUUAAAUUUUCUUGUAUUGGUUUUUGGAUGUUUUAACUGGUAGAUCUAGUCUCAAGUUUGAAGCUCAAAUGCCAGAAUAUUUGAUGUAAGAUAUAUAAUUUAUCGUAAAGUCGUAUAAGGUGUAUUUGACGAUCGUUGAAAUAUGAAUAAAAGUAUUUUUUGGGU